AUGGCAAGUUUAGUAGGAGGAGGAGACAAAUACAGAGACUACUUGAGAGAUGAAGAACUCAAAAACACCAAAUGGAGAAAUGGACCUCCUAGUUAUGAUGUUGUUGAUAAGCUCUUUGAACAAGAAAGAACUCAUGUAUGGGCUGAAGGAUCAGUUGAAGAUAAAGUACAAAGGCUAUUGAAGACUUGGGAAAUGGAAUUAGUUCACAAAAUAGAUCCUAAUGACAUGAAAUCUGUUGAUCCAACAAAGUUCAAGAAGAGUGUCAAUGGAAGGAAAGGGCUAACACCGGAAGAAGCUAUAAAGCUUGGUGGUGGCUAUAACACAUUCCUACAAACUUCAUUGCCAGAAAAUCUAAGAGUCUACAAUCCUGACGAUGAAACAUUUGAAUCAUCACAAAAUGUUUUUAGAUCCAUAUUUAUACGAGGAUUCGCGAUCGAAGUCCUUCAUGUUUAUUCAGGACCACCAGAAAUUGUGUACAAGUUUAGGCAUUGGGGUUACAUGGAUGGUCCAUUUAAAGGAUAUGUUGCAACUGGACAACUUGUUGAGCUCUUUGGGAUUGGCAUUUUUGAAUUGGAGAAAGAGAGUAACAAGAUUGUUAAGGCAGAGUUCUUUUUUGAUAGAGGAGAAUUGCUUGGGCCACUUAUGAAAGGAGGAAAAAAUGGCGAAUCCACAAGUGAGAUGGCAUUAUUGGAGGCUUCAAAAUGCCCAUUCAUGAAAUAAAAUAAUCUACAAGCAACAACUUUUAAGAUUUGAAUAAGCUAGUUUUUAUUGCUACCAUACAUGAUACAUUUGAAUGUGUGUAAAAGUCUAUGGUUAUGUUUAAGUUUUUAAUAGAAAUAGGUGCAAAAGUGUAAUUUCCCUUUGAAGUUUAUUAAUGUUUCUUCAACCGUCAAA